UUGGCCGGGGAUGGAACCUAGCCUUGGUGGUGGUGGGGAACUAAAGGGGAGGCAGGAACUAGUGUUAACCCUGAGGUUGGCGGAUCUCCGGGCAGGAUCUAGUGGAGUUGGUAGGGAGCGUAGUUCUAGAUGUGGAGCUUGAUGCAUCCACUGAACCCAGCGGGUCGGGUCGCAGAGGCAACGCCGUCCAGCUGUUGCGUCUUGGGCAGAGCGUAACUGUGUUGCCCCUUCCAAGUUUGCAAAUUUUGUUAUAGAUUUUUCAACCCCUUUCCUCACCGGGGUGAUGAUAAGUGAUCACUGAAUAGGAGGGAGACGCUGCAAGCGAUUGUUAUUGACUUGUUAUUAUUAUUAUUAUUUUGCUCCAUGGGACAGAGUUGUUUUCCCGUGACUUGCUGGUAAAAGUGUGCGUGUGUGUUUUUCUCCCGGUCCCGAGGGCGCGUGUCUUUUGCCUUCCCCUCCUGGGUCUCCGGCUGCGAUUCGAACCGGCCAUGGAGGUGCUGGAAAGCGGGGACCCGAACCUGUUGCACUGGGAUCGGAAACUGAGCGAGCUGUCAGAACCAGGAGAUUCCGAUGCCUUGCUUUACAACACGCACUUCACUGAGUUCCUUGAUGAUUUCUCCCAGGAUGUUUUGGGCCAGCUCUUGAAUGAUCCUUUCCUGUCGGACAAAAAUGAGAUGAUGGAAGUAGAGCUGUCACCGGCUUCUCCGGCUCCCCUCAUUCAGGCAGAGCACAGCUACUCGCUUUGUGGUGACUCCCGCCCCCAGUCUCCGCUAACCCACAUCUCAGCCGAUGAUAAUUUCAACGAAGCUGACCUGGAAAAUGAAGACUGGUGUUUGGGUGCGGAGUUGACAUCAGCCCCUGUGAAGACAGAAACAGCUGCAGGGGAAGCACCAGGCCUUGCUCCCUCGGUCAGCCUUAUCGCCACACCCAGCCCGGACUCUCUGGAAGGGGAGCAAUCCCAGCUGCAGGAAGAUGGCAUGGUUAAGUCACUGAAUCACAGAACUCUUCCGGAAAUUAAGCUGGAGCCCCAUGAAGUUGAUCAGUUCCUCAACCUUUCUUCUAAAGAAGCAUUCUUUAAACUCCAGGGCACUGGUCCACUGAUCUUGACUGAGGAGGAGAAGAGGACCCUGAUAGCAGAAGGGUAUCCUAUCCCAACAAAACUGCCUCUCACAAAAGCCGAAGAGAAGGCACUGAAGAAGAUCCGUAGGAAGAUAAAGAAUAAGAUCUCUGCCCAAGAAAGCCGAAGAAAAAAGAAAGAAUACAUGGACAGCUUGGAGAAAAAGGUGGAGUGCUGCUCAAAUGAAAACAGCGAACUUCGCAAGAAAGUAGAAGUGCUCGAGAACACCAACAGAACACUCCUGCAACAGUUACAGAGGCUCCAAGCCAUGGUGGCUGGGAAAGUGUCCCGCUCAUGUAAAGCUGCCAGCACACAGACGGGGACCUGUCUUAUGGUGGUCGUAUUAUGCUUCGCCAUUACUUUUGGCAGCUUCUCCCAGAUUUAUGGGCCUGAUUCCUCCGUCACAAAGGCUGUACUGCCAAGCCAGCAUUCCACACCAGAGUCAUAUGCAGCCUCUAUCGUGAGGUCAAGGAGCCUGCUGAUUUAUGAUGGGGCUCCCCCACUGGAGGAGCACCAUUUCUUAGAUAGCAGCAGCAGCAGCAGCAGCAGCUGGGACAGGCACCUGGAGCCUUCUAAGCAUCCAGCCUUGUCUUUGGAGUCUGCAUCGAGGUCCCCUGAUGAUGAAGUCACAGAGAUCACGAUAGCUAAUGAGACGAGGCUAGAGAAAGCUGUACUGGUGGAGCUACAGCCACACAGAGUCAACUCAGAGUUGGAAAUGAAUGAAACACUAAAGUUCAUCGAAAUUGACAGAAGAAUGAAUGCUACAUCUUAAAAGAGAAAGACAGAGAGAGAGAGAGGAGGAGGGUUAUUCUUAUCCCUUCAUCUUUUUUCCAGCCAAAGGUUUGAGGAACUAAUCAUUGUCAAUAAAUCCAAAGUGCUUGUCUGAUUUCCACACUGGCUUACGGGGAAGUGGCUUUGGUCUGCAGUUCUUCUUUGAUUCUUCCCACACACAUCCUCCCUGCUGGCCCCGGAUCUCCAACUCCUGAUGCUCAAUUUGGCUUUUUCACUCCUACGCCCAAGAGAAACGCUUUAAUGGCGGCUAGUGCCAAGAAGGUGCUGCUGCCGAGGAUAUGAUCUGAGCAGGCAAAUCUCCUGGAGGAGGUGCCGAAUGGAUAACCAAGCUGUCCUUGUGUCUUUGUAAAAACUGCAGCUGUCAUGUUUCUGCUGUCCUGUUGCAUAAUAAAUGCAUCGAAAGGGAAAA